AUCGGUUCAACUGAACUUAGCUGUUAAAUCUUAGCCACUUGGGCGUUUUGUUUAUGCUGUCAAGUUGUUUAAUUUGUUGACGUUUUGAAACUUUUUCUUUUUUUUGUCGUACUGAUCCUUUGUGAUACGAAAUGAAGUUUUAAAUUAUGGUAUUAAUUAGUGAAACCUAUGUAUGGAAAAGAUAUAGAGUGAUAUUUUUGCAAGUUGUUGAUUUCGGAUCAAAAUGAACAAAAUCAAAUCUCCUCCUAGGUAGAUCAAUGAGAUGGCUCGGAAGUUUGACAUGGGGAAGUGUAUUAAUAUAUCAGUUGUUGGCCUUUCAGGCACAGAAAAGGAAAAAGGUGCAGUCGGUGUUGGUAAAUCUUGUCUUUGCAAUAGAUUUAUGAGAGAUAUAGCAGACGAUUAUUAUGUGGAUCACAUUUCAGUAUUAAGUCAGAGUGAUUUUAGUGGUAGAGUUGUAAAUAAUGACCACUUUUUGUACUGGGGAGAUGUUGUUAAAACAUCUGAUGAAGGCAUUGAUUUUCAUUUUCAAGUUGUGGAACAGACUGAAUUUAUUGAUGAUUCAUCAUUUCAAGCUUUUAAAGGUGGAAAGAUGGAACCAUAUGUAAAAAGAUGUGCUGCAACCAAGAUAUCAUCUGCUGAGAAGCUUAUGUAUAUUUGUAAAAAUCAGUUAGGUAUUGAAAAGGAGUAUGAACAAAAAGUGUUACCGGAUGGAAAAAUAAGUAUUGAUGGUUUUCUAUGUGUUUUUGAUGUUAGUGCGGUACCCAACAGACCAGUGGAAAAGCAAGUUGAUGCAGUUUGCACCAUAUUAAAUAACAUAGUGAAAACAAAAAAACCUGUUGUUUUAGUAACCACAAAAAAUGAUGAUGGAAGUGAGAUGUAUAUCAAAGAAGUAGAAAAAAUUGUGGCAAGAAAGGAAUACAAAGGUCUCAUUCCAGUUAUUGAGACAUCUGCUCAUGAAAACAUUAAUGUUGAUCUUGCAUUUAUUACUUUGGCCCAACUAAUUGAUCGAAACAAAGGGAGAAUAAAAAUUUGUUCAUAUGCAGAAGCUGCUCGUGCACGUAAAGAACAUUUAGAUGUAACAACAGAAGCAUUUCAAUCUCUCAUCCGUUCUCAGAUAACUGAUCAUCAGUCUAUGUGGAGCCAAACUUACAAAAAAUUUGCUAAACAUGAGGAUUUGUUAAAGUUUACGCACGAGUUUGGCAGUGCAAACACUCAACGAAUUUUCAGGCGCCAUGUAAAAAAGCUGAAGGAUGAUCAUUUUGCAAAGAAGGUACAAAGUUGUAUUGAAAUUCUUCCUGAUGUUUUACAAGAGUUGGUUCCUGAUAUAUCUCUCCUUCAAGAUUGUGACUGGCCUGUUGUAUUACAACAUAUUAAAGACCAUCCAGAUUUCAAUAACCACUUUUAUAAAUCAGGAGAAGAAUCAUCUUGGAAUGAAACAGACUGGAACACACCUGGAGAUAGUCGGGAAAGAAGGUUACCUGCCAAUAUUUUAGAAACAAGCGAAGCUGAAACAGUGUUUAAAACCCAUGUUCUUGCAUUUCAACAAGAACAAAAGAAAUCAGAAUGGAAGAAACAGUUCAAACAGUUGCUUGAAGAUACAGGUUAUGUCACUCCUGGAAAACUGCUUCCUGAAAUUAGAGUAUUAUUCAUGGGUAGAGAAUGUUUUGAAAAUUUAUCAGAACAAGAAUGCCAGCAGAUUUAUGAUCGUCAUCAAAAAGAUAUUGUGGAUAAAGCAAAACAUAACUUUCAAGAAUUGCUAUUAGAAAAUGCUGAUUUAUUCUACCACUUCAGGAGCAUAGCUCCUACUGGCACAAUUACACAAGAUGAUAUAAAAGAAAUUACGGAUGCUCUUAAAGAUGACUCCAGGUACAAAGCUCUUGAUAGACUAGACCAAGAUAGAAAACUAAUGCUGUUUCAACAUCUUGGUUUUGUUCAUUGCCCUAUUAGAGAACAUUGUCCAGCUUUUCCUAAUUGCAUGGAUGCACUUAUUGAACGUAUUUUAUCUAAUAAAGUGCAAAGAAGUUCUUGGAACCAAGGGAUUUACUGGCCUUUAAACAGUAGCAGUAGCCAGUUGAAUCUGGUCAUAUUAGGAACCAAUGGUUUAGCGGAUGAAUUUUCAUCAGAAAUGAAGUCAUUAUGUGAAGAUGAUGAUAUCGAAAUAGAUUAUCAUCUUUAUACUUUAGAAACAAGAAUAAUAGAUGGAGAUGUUAGCUUACCUCAAAAUUCAUUUCAAUCAUCAGAAUUUGUGCCCCAUGGAUGCUUUUGCAUUUAUUCGGAUUCUUCUUCCUUUGAAUACAUCCGUGAAAGUUUAGAAAAAACUCUUGUUUCAAACUUAGAAAAAGAAGACAGACUGCCAUUUCAAGGUUUGCCUAUGGUUAUGUUAUUUGUCGCAGAAUCUCAUUUGGAAGAAGAUGAGAUUCAGAAACUACAUGAAGAAGGCCAGAGUUUGUCAGAUAGUUUGCAAUGUCUGUUUGUUGAUGUUUCCUUGGAGGAUGAACUGUAUAAUGCUGAAAAAUUUAAUUCUAAAUUGAUUAAGAAAGCUCUUAGACUACUUUUACAGAAUAUUCAUGAGCGAGUGGGAGUUGGAAAUGUUUAUCAGUCAGUUAUAGAUGGCAUAGAACCUGAUAUAAGGAUUAUCAUGUGCUUGUUCUGUGGUGACCCAUAUUCAGUUGAGAAUGUUUUGACUCCGCUUUUAAGUCAUCAUUGUUGCGUAUUAAGUGGCGAAAGAAGUAUUAUCAUUGAAACCUUCUUAGGUUCUUCAAAGAGAAAAGUUGAAGUUAUUGUAUCUUCAUUUCAUGGAGCAAAUGCUUUUCGUGAAGAAUUAGUUCAUGGCUUUAUAUUAGUUUACUCAACCAAGAGGAAAGCUUCCCUGGCAACUUUAAAUGCAUUUUCAAUGAACAUACCAAAUCUUCCUAUCCAAAUUAUGGCUAUCACCGAUAUAGGAGGAGUCAAUGCUUUCUUUACAAAUGAUUUGUGUCAUUUAUUAAUUACUGAAGGUAAUGCUACUGCAGAUAGGCUGCAAGCACACUUUACAACUUCAAAUUCAUCAUUUCAACAUAAAGCUGCCUUUUAUACACCAUUUUUCAAAGAAGUUUGGGAGAAAAAACCAGAAAUUGAACGAGCCUUUCAUUUAGAGGAACCACUGAGUAAUAAUCUGGUUGAUGAUGAGUUAUUACCUCCUCUUCGCAAUCAUACAUAUCAUAUAAAACUUGCUUCUAAGGAAGGGGCAACACCUGAUUUGUUUGAUAAACAUGAUAUCGAAGAUGGCUCUUUUUCUCCUACUUUUUCUCAUGAACAGAUGACACUUGGAAGUGCUAGUGAAGAAUCAGAUACUUAUUCUCCUCUUGACAAUCAACAUAAAUUGAAUUCUGUAUCUCCACAUAAAAUGCUUCAAGGAUUUCAAGUCUAUCCACCUCCAGCCACACCUCCAGAACCUGCUCCACCUGAUCAUCCUCCAAGACACAUGUUGAGUAAUUCAUCCAAUAUGUUAGGUUCUUACACAAGUUUAGAUGAGAUCACGUGCAAUUUAAUGAUUUGAGUAACUUCCACUUUUACAUUUUUUUUUUUAAAUCUGUUGUAAAUUCACGUUCUUACAAAGAUAAAUUUACUUUAACUACAUGUUUAACAUUUAUCAAUGUAACUUCAAAUAAAAACUAAUGACUUUGUGAUUUACCAUUAAAUUAGUUCCUUUUUUUUUUUUCAAAGUAAAACACUAAUACUUUUUUUGGCAAAAAGUAUCUAAAAAGUAAUGACAUGAAAAUUAAAUUUAAUGUGUAUUGAUUUUGUUUAAUAGACAUUCAUUAAAUAAGCACUGUAGAUUAUUAUAUAUUAACAGCUGUGCUAUGAAAGAUAAUAUCUACAGAGUAAAGAUAGUUUUGUAAGUCCUCGGAAGAGGGCAAAAAAGUUUUUUACCAAUUAAAUUUAACCAACAUGUAAAUUGUAUUAAAAGGUAUGUGCUACGAAUGUCUUACUUUAUUAAGGAAAGAAAUUGUUUUAUUACCUUCUGUUUCUUUUUUACUUUCGCAUCAAUUUUAUAUUCUAUUAAAUCAUAACAGUCUGCAAAAAUAAUAAAAUGUAGAAGAAAAAAAUCUUUUAAUGUUAUAUGUAUUAUUCUUUAACUGGAUGUUUUUCUAGUUAGCAGGUUGUAUUUUAAUAUUGCUGUUUUAUUAUUCUAUUUACCAAUUUUGUUAAAUCUUUAUCUAGAUUUUUGACUAUGUGGUUGAGUUUCUCAAAAAUUAAGAUUAUUAUUCCAUG